CUGGCCAACCGUACGGUCCGUUUCUCGAUGGGAGAGAUCAAGAAAGUGAUGCAACAGCUGUUGAACGCCUUGUUUUUCAUACACUCGCAGAAGAUAUUGCAUCGGGACAUGAAAGCGGCCAACAUUUUGAUCACCAAAAACGGGGUCUUAAAACUGGCCGACUUUGGACUCGCCCGAGCCAUCAGCUCAGGUAAUACAACCAAACGCUACACCAAUAAAGUGGUCACUCUGUGGUGUCGGCCGCCGGAGCUAUUGCUGGGCAAACGUAAUUACGGCUCACCCGUUGACCUGUGGGGCGCCGGUUGUAUAACGGCUGAGAUGUGGACCCGGAACCCAAUAAUAGCCGGCACCACAGAUCAGAUGCAACUCAACCUAAUCAGUCAACUGUGCGGUUCAAUCACACCAGAUGUGUGGCCGGGUGUCCAACGCCUGGAUCUGUACAACAAAAUGGUUUUGGCGAUGAAUCGGAGUCGGAAGGUUAAGGAGCGGCUGAGACCAGGCAUACAGUGUCCGCUUGCUCUGGACCUGUUGGACAAACUCCUAGUACUUGAUUCACAGAUACGAUUGGACUCACAUUUAGCACUUGAUCACCAAUUAUUCUGGUCACACCCCAUACCUCAAGACUUAUCCCAUAUGUUGUCCCAACACAAGCGCAGUCUGUUUGCGCACAGACCACGUGUGGACCGACAGACCCGCCCGACCAGUACUGCCGUCGACACCCAGUACUCCAAUAGGGUUUUCUAA